AUGCGUGUUAGAGAUGGAUAUGAAAGUUUGAAAGGUGUGGACAAUACUAUUCUUAAUUACUGGAACUUGCAGCAAGCAGACAAGCUUAAGCUCUGGAUCACAGACAAGAUAAACGAACAGCAAAACUCUUGUCUCCUCUAUCACCCAUUUUUGUCUGUUGUCUCCAAGUCUUGGGCUGCUGUCCCAAUUGAUGGCAACUCAGAUUGGUUUAAAAAGCAAGCAGAAUUGGUAGAGAAAGUUGUUAGUACAAUGCCAGUUCACUUGCAAGUCAAUUACAAAGAAUCCAUCAAAAAUGACCAGAGCCUUACAAUAUGUAAUUCUGAGGUAUUCUACAUUCCUCGGAAAUUUGUAGCAGAUUUCAGCAAUCUUAUAAAUCUAGUGGGCGAUCUCGAUAUCCAUCACAAGGUUGCAAUACCACUGUUCUUCUUGGCAAUGGACUCGGCUCAGAAUUUUGACUCGGUGUUCAAUGCUAUGAUUUAUGAGCAAAAACCGCCAACUAAUUCUUCAAAAUUUAUUCUGCCAAAGUGCCUGCAAUUCACUCUUGGAAUGUGGCCAGUGAGCAGGAGUUCAUAA